AUGUCGACGAAAUCUGCGAUUCCGAUUAAUGUUGAACAGUCAACUAGUAAUGUGGACCGAACCAACGUUCCGGAAACUGGAGAUGAAGCGAAUUCCGGUCAUUCUACUUCCACCUUGAAUGUGGAAAAUUUUGACAAACUAUUGCCUGAUGCUGAAGAAAUGAAAGGAGCAAGCUUACAAAGUGGUUCUGCUGGCGGUAUUGGUGUUGCUGAUCCGAUGUUGGAAUCAUCCAAAUUACUCCGAAAACUUUCCGAAGCAUUAGGCUCAUCAUCCUGUCAUCCAGGAAACUGCUGUUUGUGCAAUCAAUUGUCAUCAAAUUUGCUUGAUUCGUUGGAUGCGAUCAUUUUACCGGUCAUUUCUUCCAGCAACACCGAUAUUUUGUAUCAAAACUUUGAGAAAGUUAAUUAUGGAGCAGAUCUGGAUGAAAACAGCGACUACAGCGAGAGCAGUCGACAUGAUGGCGUAGAAAAUGGCGGAAAAUUAAGGAUGCCAUCUCACUGCCGUCGAGUUGGCGAUACUUUACGGAAGAAAUCUCAAAUUUACCUAAAGUAUUUAUCAAUCCGUAAAGCUCUGAGAAAAUUGCAACGGAUCGAAGGUAAAGGCAUUGUUCGAAAAGGUGCACUAAGACAAAAGAAUGUUCAUGAAGUCAAAGCGCAUAAAUUUAUUGCACGAUUUUUUAAACAGCCGACAUUUUGUUCACAUUGCAAGGAAUUUCUUUGGGGCCUUAAUAAACAAGGCUUCCAGUGUCAGAUAUGCGCACUUGUAGUACAUAAAAGGUGUCAUCAGUUUGUUAAUUUUCAAUGUCCUGGUGCUGAUAAAGGUGUUGAUACCGACGAUCCACGACAGCAGCAUAAAUGGAAGGUGCACUCAUAUUCGUCCCCGACUUUUUGUGAUCAUUGUGGAUCUCUGCUUUAUGGUAUCAUUCAUCAGGGUAAAAAAUGUCAAUCUUGCGAUGUGAAUGUGCACCAUAAAUGUGUUAAGUAUGUGCCUAAUAUGUGCGGGACAGAUUACAUCGAAAGACGUGGUAGAAUACAUCUUUCAAUUCGAGUUGAAAAUGAUCUUCUCCAAGUUAAAGGUGCUGAUUAG